AAGAAAGGCCACCGUCGUUCUAGGUCCUCCUUUGCCAGCAUGAGCAGGAGCGGUAAGAAAUUGAGGGACGGGAAAUAGAGAUUCACUCACGGCCAGAGUAGCAUCGUAGCUUCGAGGACUAGAUUAUCUGGCAUUGACAGUUCUGACUUGCUCGAAUGGAAAGUGGUGGGGAUGAUGAUGAUUUGUUCACUCGGGAUGGAUGCUGAUCGAUUUCGAACCGCGUCCGUCCUCACGAGAGCGAGAGAGGGAGAGUGAAUAGAGGUCGAGAGUGUGAUCGGACAGAGACUAGAUUUGCUUCACAGUGGUGAACGCAUAGAGACUUACAAUCGGAAGAUUUGUCCAUUUGUGAAGAGCGGAAGGACCCAAAUCCCCAGGUACAUUGUGCACAGCAGCAUUACAUGAAUGCUGGAAACUGGAGAAUGUCUUUCCUCACCGAAAAUUCUGUACAUUGCUGGAAAGUGUCACCACGGAGGCCUGCUCCGUAUCUUGGGUGGUCGAGUUCGUCCGCACCUGUUUUUGAUCCAUAUUAUGCUCAGGGGGCCUUGAGCAGGAAAGGGAUGCAGAGUGGCAUUUCUGUCGUUCAGCGAUUGACGUACCUCGGGACCUUGAAGCAUUCGAGACAUGUGCUGCAAUCGCCGAGUUUUGUUUCGACCCCUGUGAGCAAACGCGCUGCGCAUUUGGGAUCGAUCCCAUCGUCUUCCACAGCUCAAGGCUUCGCCGGCACUCAAGUGAGGUCUAUCAGCUCCACCCCUUCUAAGGCUCUCGAUUCGCAGCAGUCCAGAGCCAUAGCCUCCUCUUCAGCUCAAGCACCCCGUGCUCAGGUGAAAUGCUCUGUCGCCUCUUCUUCAGCGCAUCGCCAUCCAGAGGGGAAGACCAAAUCUGUUCCCAGCUUCCCGUCGCCAAUUCUUGCCACGCAGCUGAGACCCAUAGUUACGACUGCAGCUCCGAAGCCGUCUGUUGGCUCCUCGACCAAAAGCUCUCCGCGUGUGAAAGUAAGGGCUUCGUCAAACGUUCACUUUCAAGAUAGGAAACUCAAGUUUGAAGAUAUGGAGGAUCUUGUGAAGCCAUUGAAGCAGAUUCUGCCUGCUUUGCAAGAAGUUGUGCCUUCCCUAGCUCCGAAUCGUCACAAAGGACAAGCAGGCAAAAUUGCCGUUAUAGGAGGAUGCAGAGAAUACACCGGAGCUCCGUAUUAUGCUGCGUUUUCUGCUCUUAGGAUGGGAGCAGACCUUUCCCAUGUAUUUUGCACUGAAGGAGCUGGAACGGUUAUAAAGAGCUACAGCCCAGAGCUAAUUGUGCAUCCAGUUUUGAGGGAAAGUCAUGACACCAACUCAGAAAACCUUAGCGGGCGCAAGUUGGUGGAGAAGGUUGUGGGUGACGUUGGAAAGUGGCUUGAAAGGUUCGACUGUUUGGUCAUAGGUCCUGGUCUGGGCCGAGAUGAAUUGCUCAUGGAAUGCGUAUCUGAGAUUAUUCUCAUGGCUAGAGAAAAUAAUACCCCAAUGAUUAUCGACGGGGAUGGACUGUUCCUUGUCACAAACCAGCCGGAACUGAUUAGUGGAUACCCCUUAGCCGUCUUGACUCCGAACGUAAUGGAGCACAAGCGCCUAGUGGGCAAGAUGAUGGAAGGAAAGAAGGGCGUGCCGGAGGACAUGCCCAGCCAGUUGAAAGCUCUUGCGGAGCGGAUGGGAGGAGUUACGAUUGUACAAAAAGGAAAAUUGGACCUUAUUAGCGAUGGCAAUAUAGUGAUUGCUUCUGAUUAUUUUGGGUCUCCACGACGUUGUGGCGGUCAAGGAGACGUCUUGUCUGGGAGCACGGCUGUUUUCUUCUCGUGGGCUCGGCAAUAUAUGGCGACGGGAGAUGGCAAGGCUGUAGCAGAUAUCUCAGAGAGAAUCUCCAGCAAUCCCGCUAUUGUGGGAGCUCUGGCUGGUUCCCUCCUUUUACGGAAAUCAGCAGGUGAUGCAUUUUCCAAACACAAACGGAGCACGUUAACGACUGAUAUAAUCGAUUCGCUGGGUCCCAGCAUGGAAGAGUUUUUCCCGGUUCAGGUGUGACUGCUGGAGAAGUCGGGCCCUUACGUGAAUUCAAGAAUUUGAAGUCGAAUGUAAAAGAAAAAAAACAUUGUAGUCAGUGGUGGCGGUGAGCUUCUUCCAUGCAUCGGAUCAGUUAGAUACAGACACACGGUAUAUAUUGUAGAGGCGGAGACGUACAAGGAUCCCUUACAUAUGGGCGAACUUAUUACGUCCCAUGAGAUUGUUGGGCUUCCAUUAGCAUUAGGAGUAGCGUCGCAACAACAAAAACAACAAGAAAUUCUGCAUUGGCAGAGAUCUGUUGUAAUCUUCGGCCAUUGCAUGGUGCAAUCUGGGUGGACAUGUGAACUGUAACUUGUAGAAAAUAUAUUUAUUAAAGUCGACGACGUAUUUCUGUUCC